AAUUUUAAAAUCUAAUGAUUUAGAGAGAGGAAAAUGCUUUAAAUACUACUUUUUACCACGACAUCAGACACUAUGUACAAAUAUAAUGCUCUAUGUUUAAUAACAACAAUUCUCGUACCUUUGUGCGAAUCUGCUGAACAUUUUCAGACAGAUUUCAGUCUAGAGGGAAUCUUUAAUCUCAGCUUUGGGAUACUUGAUAUCAAAUCCCCAGAUGUAGUUCAGCUGAAUGUUUCACCUAAUUACAAUCUGCAUGAACGUCCAUAUUCCAAGGGACCGUUAAAAAUUACUGCUUCCAUAAAUCUCAGAAAUAUUUUGGAUGUGGAUGAAAAAGCUCAGAUUGUAUCAUUGGAGACAACACUCAGAUUAUACUGGAAGGAUCCUAGAAUAAGUCCUAAGGCCGAGUAUUUGGAGAGUUUUGAUAGUAUGGGGAACUAUACAACCUUGAAUCCUUCCCUAGCUUCUAAAAUUUGGAUGCCUGAUAUAUUUAUUGAUCAAGCUAAAGUAUUGCGAGCUCCUUCUUAUUUUAUCCAACCUGCCUCACUCAGGGUUUAUAAUGACAGCCUCAUCAGAUACUCUUCCAGGAUCAAUUUCGAUGUUGCUUGUAAUAUGGACUUUCAUCGUUACCCGGUUGACGAGCAGUAUUGCGAGAUCAAAUUCGAAUCCUUCGGUUUACAAUCUAACCAGAUACAACUAGGCUGGAUUCCUAACAGUAUGGAUGUAAAUCAAAAUAUUACUUUGGCCCAGUUUCAUUUUAGGGUAAAGCUGAUGGAUUCCUACUCUACUGAUUAUUAUGAUGUAAGCUACCCAGGACUUAUUCUUCAGUUACAUCUAACGCGAGUUAUUGGAUACCACAUUGUACAGACCUAUAUUCCUUCUACAGUUUUUGUGGUAUUGGCCUGGAUGGGGAUGUUUAUCCCCGUUGAAUCUGUACCUGGCAGGGUAGGGAUGGGAAUGACGACAAUGUUGACCCUUACAGCUAUGUUUAGCAGCACAAGACAAAAUGUUCCCAAAGUUUCUUACAUAUCAGUUCUGGAUAUUUGGAUGCUUAUCUGCAUGAUUUUUGUAUUCAGCACAAUGGCUGAGUUUACUGUGGUGAUAGUUCUAGUUAGACAAGGCAAAAAAGAGUUUUCCGAGCAGUUCCAGAUGGUGUCCAGGUUUAUGCUCCCAUGCUUCUUUCUUCUUGUUAAUCUUCUUUACUGGCCUCUUAUCAUGCACAACUACCUGGACGGAGAGUAGAGGAUAAACAAGGAAAUAACUUUUAUUUCAUCCAAGGGAGCGUUCCAAUCAUUUCUUAACAUUUCCUAUUUUCUUAAAGGGAUUGUUCUGAAUUCGAUUGUUUUUAAUCAUUUUCUUAAACAAAGUACUUGAGUUAUUGUCACAAACUCUGAUUUUCCAAUCCCUAUAUAUUUGCGACCUAAUAUCGUAGACCGGAGAUAUUUCAAGCAAUGAAUUCUGCGAGAUCAAAUAAUCUAGGUUUUUUUCAGGUUGCAAAGAUAUAAAGAUUCUAAAAUUUGAAUUUGUGGCAAAAACUCAAUUCCUUUUCCCGAUGUUUUUUAUUAGGAUUAUUGCAACAUUUUUUUAGGGAAUAGUUUUAAAAUUAGCUUUCUGCAGGGUAUUCUUCCGAUAUUUUCCAAAAUUAAGAUUUAACCUGAAGUCUCAUCAACUUAGGUUUUACCGCUCUAACUCAAUUAUGCUUUUCUGUAUCCCUUUACAUGUACAUUGAAGCACUAAUACGCACAUGUUGUUAGCUUUGGUAUUUUAAAAGUAAUUGGCAAAACUCUCAUCGAUUUUUGCUUGAGGCCUUUAAAUCACAGUAAUUGUCUAAGUGGAAUCUUUCCGAUAUUUUGCUCUGAGGGAAUUGUUCUCAUGUUUUCGCAAAGUAUAAUUCUGAUAUUUUCUUCAUGGGAUCAUUUAAUAUUUUUCUAAAUGGGGCAACUUUUAUUGAUAAGUUUUAACAUACUUACUAAAGACAUUUUUUUAAAUAUUGUAUAAUUUUGUUAGAAAUGAAGUCUUCCAAUUGUUUCUUUAACGAACAAAUAAAUCACUUCCGUAUAUGCG